CCCCCACCACCCAUCACCACCACCACCCCCAUCACUUCACCAACCACUACUACACUACUCACUAGACAACAAACUUCCUCAAACUCUUGCCUUUUCUUUGCCUUUAGAUAGAAACAGUGUUUCCAAGCAUAUAAAACUACUCAAGAAGACCGAUACCGACCUGAAGAUGUAUUGAUAAGACUCAGGCAGGUGGUCCAUAUUGUCUUGUUCUUCUACUGCGACCUGUGUAUUUUGCUGCUGAAGAGGCAGAGUGAAGUAGGUUCAAGAGGCGCUAUGGCUGAUCUGCUUUCCGCUGACCUGCUCUCUCAGUUCCGAAGAGACGGGUGUGUGUGUGUGCCUGGCUUCUUAACAGAGGAGGAAGCAGAUGGUCUGAGGGAAGCGUGCAAACACCUGGUGGAGGCUAUGGACCCAUCACUCCACACACCCACCAUAUUUUCCACCACUAAUCAUAACCAGGCUCGUAGUUCAUACUUCUUGGAGAGUGGAGACAAAGUACACUUCUUCUUUGAACAAGAGGCACUCGACAGUAACAAUGAACUUAAAGUUGACAAGCACUUGGCACUCAACAAGAUUGGUCAUGCCCUCCACUGGCUGGUGCCAGAGUUUAAGAAAGUGUCCUUCUCUACCAAGAUGAAGAAGGUGGCCCAGCAGCUUGGCUUUGUUUCCCCAGCUGUAGUGCAGUCUAUGUACAUCUUCAAGCAACCAGGCAUUGGAGGAGAAGUCACCCCUCACAAGGAUUCCACUUUUCUGUCAACGGAGCCACAGAGCUGCAUUGGCUUCUGGUUUGCCCUGGAAGAUGUCACCUUAGAGAAUGGCUGCCUUUGGUUCAGUCCUGGCUCACACAAGAGCCCUACCAAUCGUAGGUUCAUCCGAAACCCUGAUAAGACCGGUGACCUGACGUGCUUCACUUCUCCUCCUGAUCCUGAUGACCCAAGCAAGUACAUCCCCAUCCCUGUCCCAAAAGGUACACUAGUGCUCAUUGACGGUCAGGUGGAUCACAAGAGUGAGAAAAAUACUUCCUCAAAAUCACGACAAAUUUAUACCUUCCAUGUGAUUGAACGCCACAACACAACUUGGGAUCCACGCAAUUGGCUUCAGCCCACACCAGAGAUGCCCUUCACUGGACUUUAUGAAAAUAAUCCCUAAAAUGCUCUCCUUUAUCUGUUUAACCUAGUUUACAAUUACAAAGAUUUUUACAGACUGAAUUGACUUCCAGGUGCCCCAUUCCUCAGUGUGGAUGUUGAGAACUUUGGUAUUUGUAAGAUGGGGACUUCGUGUACUUGCGGUGUUCAUCUUCCAGUUCUCCCUGCUACUAUGCAAAAUCUUG